AUGCUCCUCUUCUCCGUUCUCACUCUCGGGCUCGCUAGUACAGCGUUCGCCACACCCUUCAAAAGGUCCGGUGGCCUCACCGUCAAAUUGUCGACGCCUACCACCUCCGUGAAUUCUAUCGAGGACCUUACUCUCGUCGCCGAAGUGACCAACACGGGGACUGAAGAUGUCAAGGUCCUUAAGUACGGCACCGUCUUGGACGAUAGACUUCCUACUCGCGCCUUCGCUGUCACGAAAGACGGCGUCGACGUGCCGUUCACCGGCAUCAGAAUUCAAGUAUCUCUGGCUGAUGCUGACGAAACCGCGUACACUACCAUACCCGCAGGCAAAUCAGUGACAGUCAGCCACGCAGUGGCACCUUUGUUCGACUUUGCCUCUGUCGGCACCGGUAAAUUCUCUUUCGAGACCCUCUCUACGUUCCAGGUUGCAGGCAUCGCAGACAGAGUUGCGAGUAUCACCGACCUGACCAAAGUAGAGACCGCCACAGAUGCGGUUGCUGUCGAAGUGACCGCUGAUGUCAAGAAGCGCGACCUCCCCGAACGCAACAAGCGUGCCGUCAACAUCUGCUCUACCAGCUCCCGCAGGACUUUCAUCGAUGCCAGCUACUCCGAGGCCAAGACGCUCGCUUCUUUGGGUUCCUCGUACAUCAGCAGCCGCGGCACCGGCGAUGCUCUCUAUCGUGCUUAUUGGAAGACCAACAGUGCCUCGAGUGUUACUUCUAUCCUCAACGCUGUGGCGAACGAAAACUCUGGUUCUAGAACCCUCAGUUGCACAGACAGCUUGGGCGCAUGCAGCAGUGGUGUCAUUGCCUACACUGCGACCGCGACUACCAAUAUUUACUUCUGCGGCAUCUUCUUCAACGAAGUCGCGAACGGCAACUUGUGCUCUGGUACAUCCGUCGCUUCCCGCAACGUCCGCGGCGGCACUACCCUCCACGAACUGACACACGCUGUUGGAAGAACUACUGACGUUGGCUAUGGAUGCGCUUUUGACCAGGGUUUAUCUGCUGCUCAAUCCAUCCGAAACGCCGAUAACUUCAAUUGCUUCACUACUCAGGUCUACGCCAACACCAGAUGCUAG